UGCGUGACGACGCGUGUGUGACGCAGCCGCUGUGCGUCGCGUCAGACCUGUGUGGAAGGUCCGUGUGUGAGCGGGGGGAGACCGCGGUGUAGCAGUGAGCGCAGGCCGGGCAGAGGCGCGCUGUGAGCGGGGAAGGCUCUCUCUGUGCUCCCGCGGCGUCAUGGCGGCUCCGCUGGCUCAGUUCGACGAAGACUGGCAGGACUUUAACGAGUUCAAGGCGGCCGAAGCGGACUUUUCCGCGGACACGCUGGACCGGCUGAACUCGAACGCGGGCGACGCGGGCCUGGAGGAGCUCUCCGACCUGGAGCGCAGCUUCUCCGGGGAGAUCUGCAGCUUCAAGUCCAUGGAGGACCUGGUCCACGACUUCGACGAGAAGCUGACCGUGUGCUUCAGGAACUACAGCGCCACGACCGAGAACAUCGCGCCGGUGAAGCCCAUCAGCGAGGAGAACUUCCUGAAGGACGACGAGAUAUGGAACGCUCUGACGGAUAAUUAUGGGAAUGUGAUGCCAGUGGAUUGGAAGACGUCUCACACUCGUUCUCUUCAUCUUCCUACACUCAACCUCUGCCAGCAAACGAAGGUGGAUAAUAUGAAUCUGGAUCUGUCUGAUGAUGAAGAGCUGAGGGAGCAGAUGGAUCUGCACUCCAUCAUCGUCUCCUGCGUUAACGAGGAGCCGCUGUUCACCGCAGAGCAGGUGAUUGAGGAGAUUGAGGAGAUGAUGCAGGAGUCUCCUGACCCGGAGGCCGAGGAGAGUCCGUCCCAGUCGGACCUGUCCAUGCUCUCUCACGAGCUGCACUCGCUCUCUCACUCCACCUCCACCAGCAGCUACGAAGAGCGUCUGCGUGGGCUGGGAGUGUGUGAGCUGGAGGAGCUGCUGGAGGAGGUGGAGAGGGAGAUCCGCCGCUACUCGGAGGAGCUGAUCGAGCAGCUGGCUCUGAGGGACGAGCUGGACUUUGAGAAGGAGGUGAAGAACGGCUUCAUCUCCAUCCUCAUCGACGUGCAGAACAGACAGAAGGAGCACAGAGAGAUGAUGAAGAGGAGGAGGAAGGUGAAGAGCGCAGCGGGGACGCAGAGGAACGAGCGCACACACCUGCCUGGAACUUAUCUGACCACAGUGAUUCCCUAUGAGAAGAAGAAUGGAGCUCCAUCAGUGGAGGAUCUGCAGAUCUUAACCAAGAUUUUACACGCUAUGAGGGACGACAGUGAGAAAGUUCCCAGCCUGCUGACCGAUUACAUCCUCAAAGUUUUGUGUCCCACAUAGACGCAGCAGAACGUUCAGCAGAACCUUCCAGAAGGAUCCAGCUUGUGGGAUUGCCUGGUUCUGGACUGAGGCGGUUUCUUCUUCUUCUUCUUCUACUGUUCUUCCUUCUCCUUCACAUCAGCCAGAGAUUCUCCUAACAGCCCUUCAUUUCUGUAUCCAGCUGUGUUUUUAAUGUACCAGUAUGAGAUCAUCUUUAUUUUCCCUCUAUAUUCUGUAGGCAUGUAGGUCUCGUCGUGUUUAGCCGAUGAACAGUAUUGGUUUGGCGGAGCGGUGAGGGUUUUGCUGAGUUCGGUGUUGCUCAGCGUGGUUGGAGCUGGUAUGAAGCUGCAUGCCGUGCAUGGGUUUCAUAUUUACAUGUUUGUUUAUCCUCAGUCUGACUUCCUGUUGGGCGACGCCCUCCGAAACCAGGCGUAACAGAGAGCAGACUGCAGCCAAUCAGGAAGCUUCAGGCUGAACUAAUGCUAAAACUCACACAUCACCUGUAAACAAGCAUGACAUAGCCUAGCGUAGCCUAGCGUAGCUAUAGCGUUAGUGUAAUGAAUAUUUCAUAGCAAUAUUGAGGAUAUUUUUCCAAUGCAGUCCCUUUUUAAAGCGAUAGUUUGGCAAAGCAUUGACACUUUUCCUCCCCUCAGACCAAAUGUUUUUGAUCAGCCGUGUCCUGUUUGGUGUCGAGCCCCUGCUAGGCUAAUGUAGCUAAGUAACAGAAGAUUAGCCCUACAAAUAGCAUCGUAGGUAACCGUAUGUUAUGUAGGGUCAUAAUAAAGUCUGUUUGAGAUUACCUGACAAUUCAGCAUUGGGUAGGCAUGCAGCUAGCAUCAUGCUAAUUGGCUAAUGCCAACUAGCUUCCGUUACUCGUUAGCUGCUUUAGCCUCGUAGAUCCAGUGCAGAACUAAAUAAGUAAACAUGUCUUGGCUGAUUAAUUUAAAUUUGUUUUUUUUUUUUGCCAAACUAUCGCUUUAAUACGGAGGUUUUUCCUGAACGGUCAGGUGUUUUAUAUGAAAGCAGUGGUGGGGAGGAUGGUGUACACUGUGUACUAAAGGAACUCAUGUUUUAGCUGAUUAGCAGUGAUCUUUUGUAUUAACCAAUAAGAUUUCAGAGAUUUGUAGUUUUGAUAAUAUAACUUGCUACGAGAAAAACAAACCAACAAACAAACAAACAAACAAACUGGGCCCAAUUUCCAAAAAAAAGCGUCCUAGUGUUAAGAUCAUCUUGUCUGGGAGAGAGAGUGUUCAGAGCGAUGCUCGCUCUACCAUUGAACAGUCGUCUUUGUGCUGAGAUGCUGUUUGGGAAACCCAGCCCAGAUAAGGAGGAGCCCGAGUCAGAGAGAGGAAAGUGCUGAGCUGGAUCUGCAGCUAGAACGUCUGUUUGUGGUUAACAUAUCGAUCCGUAUUUAUUAACCCAUUCAUGUCCAACGACUGAUUUUAGUAUGGCGAGGGAAAAAUGCUACAGAACUCAUUCUACUGGGUUUAAAGAGCUGAAAUUUAGUGUGUUUAUACCUUAAAUAACAACUUAACAGGAACAUUUUUGAAUUUUUAGAUGCAGAGCACCUUAUGGCUUGUGACUCACUCAGGUUCUCCACUAGGGGGUGCCAUUAGCAGUCAAACAGCAUCAGUGGCACUGAGUCUUUGUUCUGAUUACAUGUAGUUGUCACACUUUUAUCUGCAAUCAGAUUUGGAUUUUGUAUUUCUUUUGUUAAUAAAAAUCAGUUGUUUAUUCAAAGGGUUUGAUGUGGUGCAUUUCAGAUCGGGCUCAGAUAUGGAAAGUUCAGCUUUUCAGAUAUGGACAUUAGUGGGUUAAUCGGGAGCUCCUUUCUUAUUUAGAACAACAUUUUUAGCUAAUAUUCCCCUUUGAUGAUCCCAAACGCUGAAUAAGAAGUGUGGAGUUCAGUCGAUGACGUCAUGCUUGUUGCCGUGUCAGUCGGUGGGCCGCGUGAUUGAAGAAGGCCUGUUUGAUUGUCUGUUACUAACAGUUCUAAUCACUCUGUCCUGUUGAUGAAUGAUGGAGAUCCUGACUGCGAGGCUGUGUGGUCAGUCAGGUGCUGGCUCAGUGGAGGAUAGUGGGUGUAGGUCUGCAGUAGGUACGUGUGGAAGCGUCCGGCUCAAAUAAACGAUACAGAGGUCAGUUUUGUGAAAAUGGUGGGAGUGGCGCUGUGAGAAAAUAGAUUUAAUCAGAAGAGAUUUAAAGAAAUACUGAAGAUGUUUUUCAGCCUGAUCUCUGCUGCAUCUGUACUGCACAGUUAAUUACAGCAGACAGUCAUUUCAACGCGUUUCCCAGUGGGCAGUUACUUGACAUCUGUUCAUAGUUGAAGUCAAGGGUCAGUUGCUUGAAACCUAGUUAUAUUAGAAGCCAGUGGGCAGUCGAUUACAACCUAGAUGCAUUAGAAGCCAAUGGUGAGUCAAUUGAAAUGCAGUUAUAAAAGAAACCAGAUGGGCAGUUGUUUGAAACCUAGUUAUAUUGGAAGCCAAGGGGCAGUUCCUUGGAACCUAGUUAUAUUAAAAGCCAAUGGUCAGUCGAUUGAAAUGCAGUAAUGAAAGAAACCAGUUGGGCAGUUGCUUGAAACCUAGUUAUAUAAAAAGGCAGUGGUCAGUUGCUUGAAAUGCAGUUGCUUGAAGCAUUGGUACAUUAGAAGACCUCGGUCAGUUUCUUGAAAUACUGUUGAAAUAGAAGCCAGUGGGCAGUUGCUUGAAAGGUAUAAUUGAAGCCAGUGGGCAGUGGCUUUAAAUACAGUUAGAACAGAAGCUAAUAGGCAGUUGCUGAAGCAGAUACGCACUGACUUCUGUUACAAACGUUUUUUUAAGUCAAGGGUUUUUGGAGACACAAGGAAAGGUGAUGAAAUCACUGACCCUGAUAAUCAGCUUCACGCUACAGGUGCAGCAGAUUGAGAAUAAGUUGAAAAAUGCUGGAUUAUUCCUUUAGUUUAGUAACUGUUGUAGUUGUUUACCCAACGAACAGAGUGUUGAGUAAAGUGAGGGGGUUUGGUACGUCCUGAUAAGGUCAUGAAAAGAGCUGAAAUAGAGAUUAAAAUUUUUUCUCAUCUCAACAGAUUAACAAAAGGAUCCAUAAGACUCAGAUUAAACCCAGUUUUACUGUAAAUUAAAGGAUAAAGUGGCUUUUAUCAGUGGAGACUAAGCUGAAACUCUGAGUUUCUCUUUAGUUGGCCUGAUCUGUCUUUAAGUCCAGACCAUAAGCUUUGUCAGCAGAGAUCAUUAGAAUUUCUAAAUGUAAUUUUAGACUAAAUUUAGACUGUUUCUGUUCAUAUUGAUACUAGGCUUCAGUAUUAGCUGGUCGGAUGUUUCACAAAGCAGGAUUUGCGAAGUGAGCCGGUGAACUUCAGCCCAAACUCAAGCCUGUCCACUAUGGAAGGCUAUUUUAGUGUUAAACUGGUGCUUUUCUAAUUCAUUAAUUAAUUACAUGAAUGGUCUGCUAGUAAGGGGCAUUCCUAUUGGACAGUGCUCGCUUUGGGUUCAGGCUAACCAGCUGAACUGCAAUUCUGCUGGGUGAAAAAUCCACCAGGUGUUCCUCCUCAGCAGGUACGCAGCACCCUAUACUCAGGUACUAAUGCUCUACAUGCUUAUGGAGGUGAUCAAAGGAAUAGUUCAGUCGUACAUGCUAAUGUUGGCCAUGAAUGGAAGCCAGUAGUCACCAAGACUAAUGACUGAGUAAUGCUAAUCUGUGACCAUUCACUUUCAUUGUUAGCAAUAUUAGCACUGAUGACUGAACUGGUCCUUUAAGCCCAUAUAAACAUGCUGUAAAACCUGCAGAAGUAAGUUUUUUUAACAAAAUAAAAGCACAAGCAUUAAACCUUUACGCACCACGCAGCUGUUUAUGUGGUUCGCACACAUUGCAGCAGUGCUAAGAGCUAAAGCUGGUCUUCAGUACAUGUGCAUAAUAUCAUGUUUGAGUCCUCUGUGCAGGCUCUGUAAAGUGUGGCCCUCGGUUCUCUUAUGCAUUACAGCGAGGGUUCGUGUUAGCAUCUCUAAUCCUCCGUAUGCUAACCCACAAGCCCUUAAUCCAGCCUCAGCCCGUCUGGGAAACGACAGUUUGGUGAAAAAUCUGAUUUUCUCCUUUUAGCUCAAUUGUAGUCGAUCAGCCAGGUCAUGUUUGGUGUCUGAAGUUUGCUACUUAUAGUUUUAGCACUGGAGCUACGAGGCUAAUGUUGCUAACAAGUAAUGGAAGCCUAUAUCCCAGCAAAUUAGCAUGGUGCUAACUGCAGGCUAUCAUAGUCUCUUCUCAGAAUGUGUGGAGCUGUUGAGUAAUCUCUCAGUAACAGUCUUGAUUGUAUGGUUUCUGACUCUGUACGACUCACUAUUACCUGUAAACAUGGGCUACAGUGCAUUAGCAUAGCUACCACAGCAGCAGCCGCACUGAAGCCUGAAUGAAAGGAUUUUCUGAAUUUGCAAAUUCUGUAAAUUAGACUUUUCACCAAACUGUCGUUUAAGGUUGCAUGACCUGCUUUGCAGUUACAGUGAUAUGAAGUGGCUCUGAGGUUUCUGCGGUUUUUAGCGAGGUCAGUUAGUUCAGUCUCUCCUGUUACCAGUUUAGCAGAAGAUUUUAAAGGUACAAUCAGGAUUAAGUGGAAUAUUGUGGAAAUUUCGCUGCUAUCCUGCUCAGAUUAACACGUUGAUGGGGGAAGAGACUUAUAAAUGAGCAAAUAAUUGAUGAAUAAUGAUUUUGAGUUUUAAAAAUAAAAGAUAAGUGAAAAAAGGGAGGAAAUGGAAUAUUCUAAAUUCUGUAAUAAUAAUAAUAAUAAAUAAUGUUUAGGAAGGAGGAAGAAACUAAGAUUGGCCUUUGAGCAGAUUAAUAAAUGAAGAGAAUGUCAGGCACAAUAAAAAUUUAUAGAUAUAAAGUGAUCACACUGAAAUAUUAAAAACAAUUAUUUAAGAAAUAAAAAAA